UAUUUUGGUUCCCCUUGCAAGAACUCUGGUGGCUCUCUUGGCCGUGCAAGCUCCUAGACGUCACAGUACAUGGAAAAAUGCAAGCUUUACCAGACUUGAAAGCGCCAUGUGAGGCCCUUCCUUCCCCCAGCCUGGAGCCCUGUGCACAGAGCUCCAUUGUGGUCACCCUCGAGGACAAGGGUCUCUGGAUGAAGUUUCAUCAGAUUGGAACCGAGAUGAUCAUCACCAAAUCUGGCAGACGAAUGUUUCCACAAUGCAAAAUCAAAGUCUCUGGCUUAAUCCCAUAUGCCAAGUACCUCAUGCUGGUAGAUUUUGUGCCAAUGGACAACUUCAGGUACAAGUGGAAUAAAGAUCAGUGGGAAGUUGCUGGGAAAGCAGAGCCCCAGCUCCCUUGUCGCACGUACGUUCACCCAGAUUCCCCAGCUCCUGGCAGCCACUGGAUGAAAGAACCUGUCUCCUUCCAGAAACUGAAGCUCACCAACAACACUCUGGAUCAACAUGGACAUAUCAUCCUGCACUCCAUGCACCGUUACAAGCCGCGCUUCCACAUUGUGCAGGCAGACGACCUCUUCAGUGUCCGCUGGAGCAUCUUCCAGGUCUUCAGCUUCCCUGAGACUGUCUUCACUUCUGUCACUGCCUACCAGAACGAGCAGAUUACAAAGCUCAAGAUUGACAACAAUCCAUUUGCUAAAGGUUUCCGUGAACAUGGGAAGAACACUCGAAGGGAAGGACGAGCCAAAUGCCAGAAGCCCAGUCCAGCCAAGAGCCAGAAGAGGAAGCUGCCUGAGGAAAAGGAGCAUGAUGCCGAGGAACGUGAUUUUGAGAAGGAUGAGAAUGUAGAUGUGAAGGAAGAGAGUAACCCCGUGGUGGUCAGCAGUGGAUAUCCCUUCUGGGGCUCGGAGCAGAAUGGCAGCCAGGCCUUCCCUGCGGCAUCGCCGGUGCCUGCGGAGCAGAGGGAGGGUCUGGCCAGGGAGCAGCAAGUGCCAACACCGUCCUACCAGACAUAUCGGUUCCACGAAGCCGGGGACAGCCAGCACCUUCCCGCCCGCGAUGCCACGGCCUUGAACGAUUUCCGGGCAAGGUGCCACGCCUUGGAUCUCGCCACGGUGCCCGAGCACGACUCCAAACAGCUCCCAGAGGGCUUCACCAACCUCCCUCCGCUCCCCCCGCCUCUGCCUCCUCCCCAGGACUACACGGGAGUGGUGAACAUGGCUCUAGACUCUGUGGGGAAACCCGGGGCCCGAGCGCCCGUGUACAGUCCCUAUGGCACCGAGCAGGGCCUGGGGCAGUGGGUGGUGCCUCCCCACAGCCAGUACAGGGCAAUGAGCUACUCGGCCUUCUCCACGGAGUACAACACACAGGGCGCUCCGGGACAUGCCCACGGGACCAUGGCGGAGUGGAGCCAGUACCCUCUGUUCCCCUACGCCUGCUGGUGAACGGGGAGGACCCUUCCCAGUGAAAAAACUGAGGGAAAACUGUAAAUGAGAUCAGAUUUGCUCUGGGGUGUUGGACUUCUGGAGCCUCGCCUGCACUAGGCAGAGGUAUUGCUGCAAGUGGUAGAAUGGGACACCUUCACUUCCUUGUCUCCUUGCACAACAACCUUCACCGUGUUUCACAAACAGUGGCUAAACUGGUGGCUGCCCCAGCUGUGUCACUGUGGAUCAGGCAGAAUAAAUGUCCUGCAGUGUCUUUUUUCCCAGCAGGAGUAGGAAACCAUAGGAUCUGCAAGGGCAGUAGUUAAAGAGCUGCUGAACUUGCAGUCACAGGCUGUUUGCACCUCGUAUUUGGCAGUUUCCAAAAUCCCUUCCUCCGGGGACUUGAGGCAAGGAGAUAGGGGCUAAGGAGUUUCAGUAAGCUAUCCAGGUGGCACAAAAGCUGUAGACAAUAUUGCAAAGACAACUGAAACAAGCAAUCCUGCUGACCUUUGAGCAGGUUCCUCAGUUAGUAUAGUCAAACUGAAGCUAGUCUUGCCUUUCUUCCAGCAGCAGAAGAGAGUAAAAUGCACAGCAAGGAGUGUCUGGAGCAUAGCAGUGGGUCAUGCAGGCAGGGAAGAGUUUGUUCCAUGCAGGAGAAGCAGCAGGAAGGCUGUGUGUUGUGUCUGCAUGUCCCUGUGCCCAUCCCUCCUCUGUCAGCCCUAGAUUCAAGGUCAGUGAAAUGCUCUUCUUUCUGCAAAGGUGGAGGGAGGUUGUUCCUGGAAUGUGCGGAGCUGCUCUGGGAGUUUCCAAGGUUGUCAGCAGCAGUGCUGUUGUUUAACUCCAACAUCUUUCUUUAGAGUGAAAGGAAGUCUUCUGCUGUGAACUUCUUCCUUCUCCCACACCCUGCCACCCCUGGAGAAUAUAAUUUAUAGUUGUGGUUCCUGUGCUACGCUCUGAGUGUUUGAAGUCAUCCCACCACUAUUUGGGAGUUAAGAGGGAUCAGGUUCCAUGUUUAGUUACCAAAGUGGUUCCACCUCCCUCCUCUCUGGUCCCAGCCUGGGCAGGACCAGCAUGUGCCAUACAAGGAGGGUUUCCUUUCAUCUUCCUGUUAGAAGGGGGAAGCCUCCCUGUUUGCCUAAGUGGCAAAUGGCCCUGGCAAUGGGGUCUUCAGUGAGACAGGCUUUUUGCUUCUCAGGGAGGGUAGACAUGUUUCUCCCAGGCAACCAACAAUAGGACAAGGGGACAUGGGCUCAAGCUCUGCCAGGGGAGGUCUAGGUUAGAUGUUAGGAAGAAAUUCUUUACAGAGAGGGUUAUCAGGCAUUGGAACGGCCUACCCAGAGAGGUGGUGGAUUCACCAUCCCUGGAGGUUUUUAAAAAGAGAUUGGACAUGGCCCUUAGUGCCAUGAUAUAAUAAUUGGAGUUGGAUCAGGGGUUGGACUUGAUGAUCUUGGAGGUCUUUUCCAACCCAACCUAUUCUAUGAUUCUAUGAUUCUAUGUUGUUUAGGGAAUGUUUUCUUGUCGCACUAAUGGCUGCUCUGUGGCCUGUAGCCAUCAGUAGGCAGAGAGGUGUAUCAUUUAGCCUGUGUGCCAGAUUGUUUUCUCUGUGUGUGUAGCAAGAUGUUGUCUAUGAACAGACCUGGACAGGUUUGUGCCCAGUGCAUCAGGAUUGGUGUGCAGGUACACCGGGAAAGGCUGUGUGCUGAUCUGUUGGGAUACCAGGUCAGCACUGUGCAUCUGCAUAGCAUAGGGAUGUUUGUUAUUGUUAAAAUUACUUUGAAAAGUAGCCCUAUAAAUUUGUGGACUCAGUUAAAAUGACUACUUCCUUAUUUAAAUUGUAUAUUGCUAACUGUGUUUGUACCACAAAGUGUGUUAUGAUACAUGCAGAGCAGUCAAGUACUUCCCCUGGGCUUCCCAGGCUUUGAGGAUGUGCAGCAUUGAAAUAAAGGUCAGACUUCACCACAGUACAUGAACAUAAUGCCCUGUGAGCCUCCCCUCUGAUGGCACCCUGGCCAGUAGUGAUUUGUACUUGCUUUGCAUGACACACAAGUGGAUGUGAGCGACUCACUAAACAGAAAUCUGGUUGGAGAAGAAACUGUGGAGAAGGUUGUUUUUAACCCAGAAUAUUGUGAUUUCCCGCUGUCCAAAUGCCAGCUGCGUGAAGGCAGGUCAGCUGUAAAAAGGCUGACCUCUGUGGAUGAGAGAAAUAGUCUGUCUCUGACCAUUAGUAGCUGAUUUUGCCAGCAGUGUUUGUCACAUCUUGGAAAUGUGAUGAGCAGAAUGGCUGGGGAGUCGAGUGGGUGCCUUGAGCCCCAUGUGCAGGGACCCUGGGGGUACUUUGUGCAUGACAGUCCUCCUGGCACCCGCCGGGAUCAGUGCCAGUGCCAUGCCAAGAAAAGAGAAAGAAUACAUCCCCCCAUGGGCUACCUGGUUAGAUCUGUUCCUUUAUCUUUGUAGCUGGGAUGUGUUUCCCUGUCACAGGGUGCUAAUGAGGAUGAAAAACAUGCUGUGGUGAGUGUAAGUAACUGAGGAGAACUGGGCAGCACUGGGAAACUCCUGUGCAAAUACAAGUGCACUGUUCUUCCUUUCAAACCUUCAGAGCAGCAUUGCAGGUGCUGCUGCCCCAUGGGCCUGUCGGUAGAGCUGGUGUUUGGCACAGCUCCACACUGGGGUAAAAGACUCAGCCUUGUGCCUAGGACGAGCCAUUAAUUACUCAUCCGCCUUCUGUUGCAACAGGACCACUUGCCCUUCUUCAGUGAAUCAUCCAGCCUAUUGGAAAAGUACCUUUACUUUCUCGCUCUUCUGUCUCUGGUGAGAGACUGUGGCUCUGGCUGGUUUGUGAAGUCUUUGGAGAUUUUGCCUGUAGGUGUAUGCUCUGGACUCUGCUCCCACCUCCUCCCUCUGCAGUUCCCACUGUCUUGUUCUCUUCAGCUGUGGCAUUUAAAAGUCUGUGUGAGCUCGACUGAAAUGCUGUUUUUGCACGCAUGUGACAUAAUGUAAUGCCUCUGACAGCUUCAAUAAAGGGAAAUGAGACAUGUGGAAGGCAGGCCAUUAAGAGUAAUAAAAUAAACUCAGAAGUGCGGGUUCGUGCAUCUUUCUCAAGCACACCAGUGGCUCUGCUUUAGUCAUGUUACCUGGGGCCAGUUUGUACAUGCAUGACACAUGUUGUUGAUCUCGGGGUUCGUUGUUCUCUGCAGCGUGUUCAGUGAGCCUCAGGUUAUCUGCUCGCACUGCUAGAUGUGACUCAGGCUCUUGCACCAAUUCUUUGCAGCAAAUUGUUUAUUUUCUCUGUAUUUUCUGCUCCUCUCCCACAGAGGAAUUACAUAAGGAUGAGGGCAAAUGGACUAUAAAUGGGAUCUAGGUAAAUUUCCUAUGGGAAAUAAAGAUCUUAAUUUA